AUGCCCUCGGACAAACUGCCGCGAGUCGCCUGGCUCGGCCUGGGCAACAUUGGCCUGGCUGUGUGUAGGAACCUCGCCAAGUAUGGCCCGACCAACGGCCCCGUCACCGUCUGGAACCGCACGCAUCAAAAAGCUGCAGACCUUGCCGCCGAGUCGGACGCAUUCGUCGCCGCCACAGACCUCGCGGACGUGGUGUCGAGCAGCGACAUCAUCUGCCUGUGCCUCGUCGACGAUGCUGCCGUCGCCCAAGUUCUGGAUGACGCCAUCCGCGCGACAAGCGUCAAGGGCAAGCUCUUUGUCGACUUCUCCACUGUCCACCCAGACACGGCGGCCGCGCAGGCAGACAAGCUGCCUCGCCAUGGCGCAGAGUACUUGGCUAGCCCGAUAUUUGGAGGCGUGCCGUUGGCUGUAGACAGGCUCAUCACACUCGUCCUAGCCGGCUCUGCGCAGGCAAUAGAACGGUUCACGCCUUUCACGGACGGAGUAAUCUGCAAAAGCACCAUCCUGCUCGUCGACGAGCCCUGCGAACAAGCCAGCCUGCUGAAGCUCAUCGGCAACUUCAUCCGCUUCUCCACCAUUGAAGUCCUGUGCGAAGCCAGCGUACUCUCCGAGAAGCUCGGCAUGGGACAAGAAACGCUGUCCAAGUUCGUUGAGACGCUCAUCCCGGGCCCCGCGGCUGGACAGCUGCGCAUGCUCAAUUCGGGGUCGUACCACAGCGAGAAGAAGCCCAUGAUACCGAUAAGCAUGGCUGUCAAGGAAAACAAUCACUUGAAUGACCUGGCACAAAAGAACGGUGUGAAGCUCAAGACGCUGGAGACUGUCACACACCAUACCAAUAGCGUCACUGCGAAGCGCGGACCUGAUGCGAACCUGUUGGCCAUUUAUGGCUCAAUACGAGAGGACUCUGGUCUCCCGUUCGAAAAUUAA